AUGACAGGAGACUCUGGAUGUUCCACCAUGGCUGAGCAGCACAAGCAGGAGAAGAAGCUUGGGGAUGCCUUGAAGAUCACUGCCUAUGUCUUCAGUAGAGGUCUGCUGGUGUGCACUGCCUUGGUGAACUGUGUUUCUUGGCUUUUGCAGAAUGUAACUUUAGGCAAUUUCUGGCAAACCACAUGGCUGAAGUUCUACAACCUGUUCGAGGGAGAUGAGUGGACGAUCUUCCUCCUUGGGGCUGCACUGGUGCCUGCCCUUGCUUUCUGGGGCUUCAAUGGAAUCCUUCUGGUGGCUGAUGUAACAGGAAAACCAACUUUCAUUACUCGCUAUCGCAUUCAGCUGGGCAAGAAUGAUCCUGUGGACACAAAGAAAUUGCUCCAAGCCAUCUACACGGCGCUGGUUAAUCAGUUCCUGAUCUCCUUGCCCAUGCUUGUGCCCAUGUUCCACAUCAUGAAAUGGUGGGGCAACACCUUCAGCAAGGAAUUACCCACCUUCCAGUGGUUUCUUGUGGAGCUAAGUGUCUUUACUGUAAUAGAGGAAAUUCUCUUCUAUUACACACACAGGCUUGUUCACCACCCAGUGCUGUACAAGCACAUUCACAAGAAGCACCAUGAGUGGACAGCACCCAUCGGAGUGGUCUCCAUCUAUGCUCACCCAGUGGAACACAUACUCUCCAACACUCUGCCUGUCAUGGCUGGCCCAAUGGUCAUGGGGUCUCAUAUUGUUUCAAUCUCAGCAUGGUUCUCCAUCGCUCUGGUAACAACAAGCAUUUCUCACUGUGGCUACCACCUGCCCUUCCUGCCAUCUCCUGAGUUCCACGACUUCCACCACCUCAAGUUCAACCAGUGCUAUGGCGUGCUGGGAGUGCUGGAUUACCUGCAUGGCACAGAUAGCGUGUUCAGACAAACCAAAGCCUUCGAGAGACACAAGGUCCUCCUCGGCCUCACGCCGCUCUCCGAGAGCAUCCCUGAGGCACCCAAGAAGGCUGAGUGAACCAGCCCAGCACCUCUUGCAGAGCCUGGUGACUAGCAGAGUGAGAGACAAUGAUUUAUGCCAAAUAGUAUUUUAAUUGGGAAACAAGUUAUUAUUCACAUGUAACAGAACCCAAAACUGAAGUGAAAUAUGCUGCUUGAAAUGACUGCACUGUUGCUGCCAUUACCUUCUACCUAAGACACAAAAAAAUCUGCUCUAAAAAUCUAUUUUUAAA